CACUCACUAUAUUGUAAUUUUUGAAAAAUACCCACUUGGAAAAAUACCCACUGCGGUGAAACAAGAGGACGAACAGCAUUCAUAAGAAAUGUGUUUCAAAUAAACGAGUACUCCGUGGAUAAACGCACUUUUGGAAUAGUUUGCCAUGUCAUUGAAAAACACAAAGCUUCCUCGGCUUGUUCAAGCCGCUGACCGUGCCAACCUUCUUGCAACAGCAAUACGUUUGCAUGGUUAUAAAGUGUUACAACAAUCUCUAUUGGAUAAAACUAUCAACUCAGAAUUCAAAACGCUCUUCUCGAUUGGCGAGGAUGUAUAUAUUGUGUCUUCCCCUGUUUUCAUCAUUGAAGAUGAGGCUCAUGUUUGGAAGUUAAAAUACGAAGAAUACAGUGAGAUGAAAGAAUCAUCAGAGACCGAAGCCGAUUCAGUAUUUCUUGGGGAUAUGCGAUUCAAGACUCGGAAAGUUGAGAUUACAGGCGAUCCAGAUGGAUCUCAGUUGAAAGAACUGUGUCAGAAAGGGAUAAUCGAUGAUAUUCAAAAUGCGGUAAAGAACACAGAUUUCGAGAAUCUUUUACUGAACUUGUGUGAUGUUCCAUACCCUCGUCCCGAAGACCUUUGUGACAAAACCUUGUCAAAUGCUUUUCUUAAACUACAAACUGUAAACAGAGUUCUGGUGAUGUAUCCAAAAAUGGAAGCUGAGGAUUGUGGCUGGAAGUCUGGGUUCGAAGGCACGUGGACUCGUUACUUGGCAACCGAUUUGGUCGUCCUGCAAUGGCAUAAGGAUGAAUGCCAUUUUAUGACGUUUGAGAAGAGAAUUCUAAAGCACGUGGUCAAGAAUGGUUACGAAGAUUCGAUUAUUAAAGAUGUGACGUCACUUCCUGAAAGUGAACAGAUUACGGCCGAAGAUAAGGUCGAUGGUAAGAGGGAGAGAAAGGCAGCUGAGGAUAAGCUUGAAAAUGAAAGUGUUGAGGAUAAAACUGAUGGGGAGAAGAUAAAGGAAGGAGCGAAGUCAAUGGAAAAAAAGUCAUUGAGAAAGAUUUCUAGAAACGCCACAGAAAAACUCGCAAAGAAAGAUGAUAAAACGGUUAGUAAACCAGUGAAAAAAGAAAUAAAAUCACCAAAGAGCGAUGGUGUAGCUAGGAGAGAAUCGAAAAUUCAAAAGAACGAACAAAACGCUUCUAAAAGAAACUCGAGAGUUCUAAAAUCUGACAGCAAAUCGUUGAAAAACGAAGUUGGCCCGCGGUCUAACGUAAAGAAGGAACAGAAAUCGUCGGUUAAAAUCCCGGUGAACGACGAAUCCCGACGGUUGCCGAACAAACACGGCGACAAAACGAGCAAAAACAAUGCGAAGAUGAACGCGGCGAAGGCUGGGGAUGAGAUUUCUGAAGUUGAAAUUGUAACAGAAAACGACGAUAAUAAGUUCGAGAAGUAUAAAAUAAAGAUGAAGGAGACUUAUACUAAUUUGGCUAACGUUUACAAAUCGUACAAAAACAAAGAUAGUACCUUGCUCUCUGAAGUUUUGGCUAAUCCUGUGUUUCGUGGGUUUUGCCUGAUUGUAGUUUUGUUUGCAUUUUAUAUUCUGUCGACCGAAAUUCUUGUGACGUUGUUGUUGCUUGCAUCCAGUGUCUGGUUCAAAUACGGCUCUAAAGAACCCGAGUUUCAGAAAUACACGCGUUCCCGCGAUCCACGUGUUUUAGAGUUCAGAGUCAUGUACGAGCGGGAGAUCGAAAAACUUCGGUACGCGAAGGACCUGGAGCGAAUGCGUGAUGUUCACGUGCAACUAAAGGAGAGCGUGCUGAACGCGUAUGCCGUGACACGUGUGGCACAAGGUGAUAAGAUUGGCAUUAAGGAGCAUGAGGUGUUAGAAAGGGAACUUGAGUUGACAUUCAAGGAGUUUGUUACGGCGAACGAUGUGAAAUCUUUACUUCGUGAAGCUCAUCAUACCAGUUUCUUUCUCGCUUUUACUGUAUUCGUUUAUCUUACAUCACGUCUCGUGUAUUUACUUCUUCGAAAAAUUUGGCGACCUGUUCGAACCGUCGCGAUUAUUUUGGCCGGAAUUCUUCUCUGCUUUGUUUUAGGCGUCAUUUCUAAUUUUCUUCUCACAACCUUCAUCUCUCGACGUUUGCAAGGCUCUGCGGAAAUGCUCUCCGUAUUGUUCGGGUUGUGGCUUGUCACUGACGUCACGGGCUACCUAAUCGAGAUCCGGGCAUGCAUCGAUCACGUGACGGGAGUCAUUUGGCGAGAAUCUGAUUUGGAGAGGUGUAUCAUUAAAACUCACAGUUAUCAUGCUGUGAAACUAGCCUUGGAUUGUACUGUACUACUUUCUCUAUUCCCUAUCGCCUACCUCCUUGCCGGCGUUUUGUCUUAUUUCUCCGUAUCCAGCUAUACUAUAGUAUCAUUCUCCCAGUACUUCCCUCCGAUAGGUUUCUUUUUCCGGAUGUGCACCCGACUCGCAUUUUUUGGCGAAAUAUUGCGUUUGUUGAACGUUGUGAUAUUGGCAAGUUUAGCGUCAAAAUUCUACGGUCUACAUAAGAAACGGGAAGAUCCACUCGACUCGUUGCUCUAUAAACGUUUGGGUUAUGAUACUGGACAUAUAACGGAAUAUAUUUGGAAGAAAAUUGUCAAUUAUUUAAAUGAUUUCACCUAACCAUAUCUGGAUGGUUUUAACGUUUUGAAAGAUUUUGUCUGCCCUUGAGUUUACAGAGUCUAGCCUAUGGAGCGUAUCAAAAUUUAUUCAAGACAUAUAUGUCACUACAGUCUACAGAAACUUCACAUCGGAUGAACUUUCUAUAUUCGUAAGUUCACAUGUAAACUGCGCAUGCUCACAGUUACGUCACAUCGGAUGAACUUUCUAUAUUUGUAAGUUCACAUGUAAACUGCGCAUGCUCACAGUUACGUCACAUCGGAUGAACUUUCUAUAUUUGUAAGUUCACAUGUAAACUGCGCAUGCUUAGAGUUACGUCAUGUUACGGAUAUGAUGUGAUACGAAAGAGCCCGUAACCUUUUUAUUUACGAAUUCCUGUGACUAUUAAAGCUAUUUAUAUUAACGGCUAUCUGGUGCCCAUUCUUUUUCUCCUCUAAUCAGAUAUUUUAUGAGACGUUGCCACAUGAGAAAUAAAGAAUUGUCUUUAUUAUUAUACUUACAAAAAACUUGUAAUUCAAAGAAUAUGUUUAUUGGCUCAUAAAAAAAUACAAUUUCUAAAACUG